AAGCGUAAACUCCUCCUACUUGCACAUUUCUGAAAUCCCUCCUACUUGCGGCAUAAGCUCCUCCCACUUGCGGCAUAAGGUCCUCCCACAUGCAGUCUCCGGGCUGCAGCGAUAUAUAUACUUGGAAACCAUCAUUCGCUAUAAAACACGGAACCACCCGCUUUCAUACAUCCAAUUCAACAACACAUUCAACGAAACGUAAAGAUGGCACACUGUGGCGAUCUGACCGUCGAACACGAGGGGGACAAACUGAUAGAUCUUUCAGAUCCCUUGCAGGAGGAGGGGUUCGGCGUUGAUGCAGCAGAGGUCCUACCACUAUACGAAAACUGUCUCGGGUGUAGCGAUUGCGAGCCUGGCUGUAGCACCUCACGCCAGAACGGAUGUGGUCGUUCAUCUAGGGCUGGUGAUCGUAGCGCAUGCGCUGAUGAUGAGGCAGACUGGUCCAAGUCGCAGAUGAACGCUUGCGAUCAAGCUUCCUGGGCUGAUGACAACGGAUUACCAUCGAGCGGUCAGCAGACACCGAACACUACUCAUCCUUCUGUUGAUGAAAAUAAUGAUGAAAGCUCAAAAAAAAUCCUAAAAGAAAAUCCUCAACUGGUUCAUGAAUUUCGCAACAGAAUACUGGCUCAAUAUGAAGAGAUAAAAAAAUAUUUAGACAAUUGUGAGCGUGAGCUUCAUAGAAGAUUUGACACUUUCGACCGCAAACUACAAGAGUUAAACGAUCGUUUACGCCAGAUUUACGUUCUGCUAGAUGCUCAUGACGGUGCUGUUCACACGAGUCUAGAUAGACAGCGUUCAGCCAUAGAGGAAAUAGCUCAUCUUCUUCUUCUGUGUUUAUUGGCGGAUGGCAAACCAACUAGUAGGUGCAUUUAGUGAUGGUCGUUUUCGAAGCACUGCUUCAUGAGGCUUCGAAACAUUUACGAAUCUUUUGUUUCGAAUCAGUGGUUCGGAGCUUGUUUCAAACUGGCCCAAGUCAGGUUUUUUUUUGCAGUCAACAAUGGUACAAUGAAAUAUAUGCAAUUAAACAAAAGUAUACAAUUUUUUAAAUCAACAAGCCAGAGUUAUAUAAAAUAAAUAAAUAAACAAAGAGAGCGAGAAGGGAAAAAAAGAAAAAGAAAAAAGAUGUCAUUCAAUUAGCAAUGUCAUAUUUGCUUGCAAUCAUGUGAGCUCUGUCAGAUUUUUUUACAGUAAUUCUUAAGCUCAUUUUUAAAGUGAACGAAUUUUGGUUUGGAGUCAGACCAUUUUACUUUAUGAAUGUGAAAUCUCCCCAGUAAAAUCAACAUCUGAAUAAGAUAUUCCUUUUCUUUAUCAAGUGUUUGAUCAUUGAAGUAUAUUAAUAUGUCCAGUCCAGUUUGAAGGAUCCUACCUUAGAUCCUCACGUGCAGAAUGUUUUUAUUUUUGUGUUUUUUUAUCUUUAAUCAUUUAUUUACAUAAUCAUCAUGAUCAUUAGUUAUUAUCCAUUUAAUUAUUGUAUUUGAUUAUUUAAUAUUAUUUUAUCAUUAUCAAUUUCAUUAUUAUCAAUUUUAUUAUUACAUUAUUGUUUAUUAAUUCAUUUAUUCAUUAUUGUUUUUUAUUCAUUAUUCAUUCAUUAUUAUAUUUCUGUAUUUUAUUAUAUCAUUCAUUAAUUCAUUGUAUUUCUAUAUUUUAUAUGUCUCUUGGUGGUUCAGUUUCACAUUGGGGAAGUUUGCAACUGAAAC